AUGAGCCACCUUUACAUCGCUCUCGCUCGCGUAUACCAGCGAUCAUUUGCUUCUCAUCCGUAUGGGACGCUCGCCUUCACCAACGGCGUGUUCAACGCUCUGGGAGAUGCUGUCGCGCAGGUGACUGAGAUAGUGACCGGACCGCAGAAUCACCAGGGCGGCGGUCAGCAGCAGUAUGACCCAUUGCGUACACUUCGUUUCUUUGCGUUUGGGUUUGGUAUGGGCCCUUUGAUUGGUCGGUGGAACUUCGUACUCGAGCGUCACUUUCCGUUACGCUUCCACGGUGGCAAUUCCGCCAAGGUCAGCGUACCCGCCCUCGCGAAGAGAGUGGCAGCCGACCAAAUCAUGAUGGCUCCCCUUGGUCUUGCUAUUUUCAUUGGAUCUAUGGGCAUUAUGGAAGGACGAGACGCAAAACACAUCUCACAGAAAUAUAGUGAUCUUCUUAUGCCUCUCUUGAUUACAAAUUGGCAAGUAUGGCCAAUCGCGCAGCUUAUUAACUUUCGCUUUAUGCCUUUACCUUACCGUGUCCCGUUCCAAUCCGGUUGCGGCGUAUUCUGGACAUUGUAUCUGUCGUUACUGAACUCGAAGGAGUCGCAAAUGCAAAAUCAAGCAGACGCGAUGCGCGAAACAUAA